GAUGACGUUCUACGCUAUCGAACGCGCGAAAUGAGUACGAAAAAGGAUGUAAUUUUUUUAAAAACUCUGCUAGCAAAUGCGUUAUAAUGGCAGAAAGGAUCAACUGUCUAAAGAGGCUAGGAGAUAAUGUGAAAAAAUAUAAACUUAUCGUGUUGGAAGGAAAAGAAGAGGUUACCAUAGGCCGGAAUCCAGAUGUGACUGUGUGUAUUUUAUCUACUAUGAUAUCGAGAUGCCAUGCAAUACUGAAGAAAAAAAAGAGUGGAGAUUGGACUAUAAAAGAUAACAAGAGUUUGAAUGGAGUGUUUAUCAAUGACAAGAAGUUAGAGCCUAUGGUAUUGUAUAAGCUACAAGAUGGAGAUAAAGUUCAGUUUGGAGUGAGAACAAGUCCAGAAGCACCGCCUGAGUUCCUAUUCCAGUACUACGCUGCACUCAAAGUAAAGCAUGUGAGGAAAGCAGAGGAUACUGUAGAUGGAUUGAAGUCAUCUGGGAAAAGACGGAGGCUGGAUGGCAAUGAGGCAGAGGAAGAAAAACCAUCUUGUAGUAGGACAGGGAAACCAACGGGUGACAGUGCUGUGACUAGUUCCCAGCCAGAUCUUGGGUAUGAUGUUAGUCCAAGAAAACGGAAAAGACCUCUUGCAGGUCAUGAUUCUCCAUAUGAGAAGUACAGGAAGAAAAUGGAGGAACAGGAAGCCCAAGCAGUAGAAAAAUUAGCAGAAAUGGAAUCUAAACUCAAAGAAAUGCAAAGGUUACUACAGGAAAAGGAUUCAGCGAAAGAAGAAAUGGAACAGGAAUUAAAGGAAGAGAAGCAGAGACGAGAAAACCAAGUAAAAAUGUUGGAAGGUCUGAAAGAGAAAGAAAAACAAAUGAAAGAAGAGUUAGAGAAGAAACAGGAGGAGCUUGCUAGAGAGAAAGAAGAGAUGCAGGAGAGAAUGAAAGAAGAGCUUGAGGUAAAAGAAGCUACACUCUUAGAGAACCUUGAAAAACAGAAACAAGCUUUACUGGAAGAGAAGAAGAAAGUAGAGGAGAAAUUGAAAAAGGAACUUGAGUCAGAGCGAGAGAAGGACAAACAGCUGUCAGAGGAGCUUAUACAGCAAAGGCAGAGACUUGAAAAGGUGAUAGAAAACAAAGAAGCAGAGCAGAAAUUGCUAGAAAGUCAGCUCAAUGAUACAAAGAAGGAGAAAGAUAGGAAAGAAGAAGAGGUGCUACGAGCCAAAGAAGAUGUCCUAUCGAACUUUGCUGAAUUGAUGGAGACAGAGUUACAGUGUAGCAUAUGUAAUGAACUGUUUGUAAGGGCAACAUCAUUAAACUGUUCCCAUGCCUUCUGUUCAUUGUGCAUUAACCAGUGGAUGAAAGUGAAGAAAGAAUGUCCCCAGUGUAGAGCAGCCAUUACUACACAUAUGCACUCUGUAGUGCUAGACAGUUAUAUAGAAAAAAUGGUGGAACAAUUCAGUAAAGAAAUGAAAACACGAAGACAAGAACUAGUUGUUGAACGUAAAAAGGAAGAAGCUGCAUUCAAUGAAGCCAACAAACCUAAGCCAGCCCCUGCUCCAGCAAGGGGGCGUGGUCGUGGGGGUCGAGGGAGGGGCAGAACUAGAGGUGGGUUGAUGGCAGCACCGCCAGCAUUACCAGAACCACCUCCACCAAUCAUGAUCUCUGAGGACGAAGAUGACAGUGAUGUUGAUGAUGAUGAUGAGUACAAUUCCCUGUCUGAUUCUGACAUUGAAGGUGAUGGAGAUGCUUACUAUGGAGGAUACGGUCAUUGUUAUAACUGUGGUAGCCGUGGUCAUUGGGCUAAUGGAUGUCCAUUCAGAUAACAGAGGUCAGGGCUGCAAACUAUUAAUAUGUACUAGAAAUGUACAAAAUUGUAGUUGGAUCCAGUUAAGAGACAAACUUUUUCAUCAAACAUGAUUUGAUCUUAGCUAAGUAUAUAAAGAUGACGUGAUCUUGGCUAAGUAUUAAAGUAUGAUGUGAUUUUAGCUCAGUAUACAGACAUGAUGUGAUCUUAGCUGAGUAAACAGACAUGAUGUGAUCUUAGCUGAGUGUACAAACAGGAUGUGAUUUUACUGGUUGUAACAUUGAAUUAAGGAGAGCUGCAGUAGGAUGACUUUGAUACAAGACAACAGCAGCAAUUGGUGGCUGAUAUUUCAGUGAUAAGAACACAACACUGCCAUAAUCACAACAUUAAUCAUCCUGUAUAGGAGGAACAAUGGACCUUACAGUUACAUGUUGAUUCUCCAGAAAAUUGUCUACCAGAACUUAAACAGUCAUUAGGAAAAUGACAAUCAGUUUUAAUUGUAUUGACGCAAGUUUAAUUCAUUAUAAUGUUGAGGCUACACACAUCGAAAAUCUUGUAACACAACGCUUAGUUUUUGCCAGCAUCAGUCUUAAAAGUCACAACGUACAAAUUGGUAAAUAAAUUGCAUUCAUAUUAGUAACUUGCUCACAUUUUUAUGGUUAAUUGCUUUUAUUUUUUACUGUACCGCAUUUUUAUAUGCUUGAGAAAAUGGAACAUAACAUGGGAAGACCUGUGUUGGAUAACAACUACAGAAGUUGACCACUGUCUUACUCGAGCAGUUCUUAUCCAGUGUUCACCAAACUUUUGCCACAUGGUUUUUACGCAUAAUAUCUCGAGCCAUCUUCUAUAAACCGGAUCCUCCAGGUCUCUCUGGAGAUAAUAUACUGUAUACUUUUUUUUUUUUAUGUUUUAUGAUACAGAUGAUUUUGUUUCAUACUUCAUCAUGUGUGUUCCAUGGGUAUGAUAACUCAGGUAAUUUUGAUUACCAGCUGGAUAGUCCAAGUUACUCUUGCAUUAUGGCCCUUAAAUAAGUUAAAAUUUCAAAAGUUGACAAUGUUGGCUUAAUGGCUUAGGCAAUUCUUAUCCAGUUUUACAAAACUAAGACUGUUUAUGGGCAUAUAUUGAUAAGCCGAUAUCAAUAAUUAGCUGUAUAAACUUUGUGGCUCUGAAGUUAGGCACUUGAAUAAGUCAAAAUUUAGAAAAUUGACAGUCUUUUCUGCUCCAUAACUGUUGGUUUUUAAAAGUCAAACGUAAUUGGCAGUGAUAUCAUAUAUUGUGACAGUUUGGCACUCUUGUUGAAUGUGACACACGAGAAUUUUCUUUUUUCACACAAGGCAACUUUCGCCUUUUGACCCCAUUAUUGUCAGAAUAUUUCAGCAGGGGGUUAAGUCAUCCCUAUCCACUUUCAACAGAAUUAAUAUAAUGAUCAUUUGCUAUUUUUGAUUUAUAAGUAGUUAAUACUGGAUUCCACAUCCUUUAUUAUUUUCCUCUGUCAAAGAAACUCUACACAGUCUGUGAGUAUAUCAAGAUUUACGUUUUAUCAAAAGUAUAUUUCAAAAAGUUUUUCUUCCCAGCGUUGACAAAACAGUGGCAUUGUUACAUAUUUCAUGCUUUGUUUAUAUUAUUAAAAUAAAAUGUCCUUGUUUAAAAUGUUUGUUUAUGUGCUUUUUGUAACUUUCUAAAUACUGUGUGUGAUUGUAAAAUGGGUAGAAUUAUCAGAUGGUUUGAAUUUUUAUUGAAUUUCUGUAUGCCAUUUGCAUUGCAGUUACCUUAAGAUAUGCCAAAUACUGGUAUAAGAAAAUUACCUCCAAUAAUAUUAAGGUAUUGGCAAAAAUCUAAGUGUUGUUUUAGAAGAUUUGUUUACUUUAUAGAUCACCAUAUAUGUAUUAUUAAAAUGAAAGACCCCA